GAGAAAGAGAGAGAAAGAGAGAUUGAGUUCAUGAGGAAACAGGCCAUUCGAAACAUCGAGAUGAUUCAAGAUCGUCGUCAAGUUGUCAACCAUGCAGGUCAAGGUCUCCCUGCUCACAUGGAUCACAAGAACAUCCAUGGGCAUGCCAUGGGGCACUCGGUCGUCAUACCCAACCAGCAGAGCUACGGCGAGCAAUUCAACGCGCUGGGUCAGCAAGGCUUGACUCCUCCUGCGCAACAACAGCCCUACAUGACCAGCCAGCCUGAUCCCUACAACCCCUACGCAUACGUCUACAGCCAGCACGAGGCGCCGGCAGCCCAGCAGCCAGUCCAGUCCUACGCUCAGCAAACGAACUAUUAUCAGCAAGCAAACGCUUACCAAGGUACCCAAGCCUACGCUGCGCCACAGGAUUCUGCAUACAAUGCCGCAUACAACGCGGCCCCCUACCAGACGCAACCUGGGUACGAAGGGCAGCAGUCGAACCCGUAUGUGUAUGACCCCCAGCAGCCUCAGAUGUAUAACGUGAACACCAACCACGCGCCAUACGCGCCUGCUCCCCUGCCUCACACGGCCUACGCCCAGG